GCCAACCCUCGCCGACACCGUAAACAAUGCCUCCUCUGUCUCUCAGUUAAUGUCAAAUAUCUGAAUUUGUAUUGGUAAUCAAAUACUAUAUCGUCUCACAUUUUUCUCUGCAUGGUUGGUUGAUGUGCAGAGUGAAAAUAACUUACUUGAUGAAGAAAAGUUUUAAGUUUUCGCAUAAGCAGAGGGAUAAAAAUAGAUAUACAGAUGAAUACCGUACAUAAGGUAUGACCGUUGUGGCACUUAUAUCUUCGUGAAUAAUCUACAUACCAACUGAGUGUGAAAGUUAAAUACAUUAAGUAAAUAAAUAAUAUAGAUAAAAAGUGUUAUUGUUCAGGAGAGAUUACCUGCUUUGCUAUUUUUGCGAAAUACACAUGAUAAAUGAUAUCUGGCACUUAUUGUCCCAUUGAAUAAUUAUAAAAUAAUUUGUAUACACGAAAGACAGCCAGUAGAUAACCAAAAUGUAAAUAAGAGGAUGAAUUUUAAGAUUACUUUCUUGAUUGUUUUCUGUUAAUGUAAGUACAUUAGAAAAUAGAGAGUAGAAAGUACCGUUGAGAAAGAGGAAACACAUUGUCAAUUCACCACCACCGCCUCCGCCAAGCCGCUAUCCUUCGCACUGCCUGCUGCCUCACAGACCGCCCGUUCACCCCAUCCCGGCAGUCGAACUCUUCACAUCACCGAGACAAGACGUCCUCACCACGUCAACAUGUUCUUUUGUAUUAUCUUGCUGAGUCUGGCGGCCACGCUGACUCAGCAGCAACAAAAUGAAGUCAAUGCAGUGGUGGAUUUCUCUGAUGAAACCUUUGCAGAAUCGGUGGCUGUCAAGCCUCACUUUGUGAAAUUCUAUGCCCCGUGGUGUGGCCACUGCAAAAGGUUGAGCCCCACCUGGGAUGACCUUGCAAAUAAGUACAACACUGAUGAGGCUGAGGUGGUGGUAGGGAAAGUGGACUGCACCCAGCAUACUGCUCUUUGUUCUUCUCAGGAUGUGACUGGUUAUCCCACACUUAAGCUGUUUGCAAAAGGUGUGAAGAGUGGCAUCAAGUACAGAGGCCCUCGAGACUUAGCAUCUUUGGAGAAGUUUAUUGCUGACCAACUGGGAACUGAUGUGGAGGAAGGUGAGGAAGCCUCUGUGCCAGAGGCUGUGACAGGCCUGGUGGAACAUACAGACACCACUUUCAAGACAUCAGUUGUACGUGGCAGGCACUUCAUCAUGUUUUAUGCUCCUUGGUGUGGACAUUGUCAGAGACUUUCCCCAGCUUGGGAGGCAUUGGCUCACUCCUUUGAACAUGAUAAGUCAGUGAGCAUUGGAAAGGUGGACUGCACUCAGUACCAGUCAAUCUGCACCCAGUAUGAGGUGAAAGGCUACCCAACACUCUUCUGGAUUGUUGAUGGCAAAAAGGUGGAGAAGUAUGCAGGAGAUCGAAGCCAUGAUGAUCUGAAGAAAUUUGCUUCAACCAUGAUGGGGAAGGAGGACCAGCAGGCAGAUCAGAAGGAUCAAAAAGAUGAGCCUCAGCCACCUGUUGUUGUCCUCACCUCGGAGAACUUUGAAAAUGCCAUUGAGAAGGGAACUAGCAUGGUGAAAUUCUUUGCUCCAUGGUGUGGCCACUGCAAGCGUAUGGCUCCUGCUUAUGAUGAACUUGGCCGUAAAUUUGUUGGUCACGAUAAAGUUAAGAUUGCCAAGGUGGAUUGCACACAGGAAGUAAACAGACAGCUUUGCAGUGAACAAAAUGUGGAUGGCUUCCCUACUUUAUUCUUGUACAAGAAUGGUGAGAAGGUCAGCGAGUAUAAUGGAGAUCGCUCUCUUGAUGACAUGGUGAACUUCAUCACCAGAAACCAGGAGCAUGAUGAACUCUAAAGCCUGAGUAACCCACCCACCACCUCCCCUACAUCAUUCAUCUCAGAAUUCUUAUCUGUAACACAUCUUUCAACUUUGUGUAGCUUUUUUUUUUUUUUUUUUUUUUUUUUUUUUUACUUUAGUUAUUUUUUCUUGCUGUUUUCUGUUGAUGAAUUUGUAAGUGAUUAGUUUGUAUAUUUCAUAAACUUUUUAUUGGAAAGCAUCACUUUGAGUUGAAUGUGGAUGCUUUUCUUUUGCCAUCAAGUAGUCUUUGAGAAUACCAACCAUUCACAUGUUAAUGAUUGUGUUCUGACCCACUUUUGUUUUAGCUUGUUUUUCUUGCAGUCUUCUUUGUUAAUUGAGAGUGAUACAUAACUGAAACACCUGUCAUUCUGUGACAUUUUGUGGUGAUCUGAUGGGAUUAAAAAAUAUUUGAAUUAAAAUUUUGGAGCAGAUAUUUCAUGAAGGACUGUUACAGUUGAAGCUUUAUAUUUUAUUUGAAUGUAGUUGUAGAAUGCUCAAAAUGUAUUAAUGGCUUUAAUUGUUCUGAAUUGGUUCUGAUGUGAAUUUGUUCAUUAAGUAUUAUUCUGUUAAGAUAUAAGCUUGUUAAGUAAUGUAUUGAUUCUAUUAAUUAAACCUAUUUGUUAUAUUUUCGUCAAUGUAAAGAACAUUGUCCUACUUUGGAUACUAAUAUCCAAUGUCAGACUUAACUUUUAUGUGGAGACAUACAUGUGAAUUAUAAUUACAUAAUGAAGUCAGCACACUUAAAGAGUUCUGCACCUUUAAAUGUGGUGAAAUGGUAACCAUGAAUUUAAAGUGACAAAAAACAUAAUUUAUGAAACUGAUGUGGGUGUGUUGGAUCUAAGUGUGCUGACAUUAGCUUUUUUGACUGGACCUUUCAGUAUGACCACUGCUAAGCAUAAUUUCAUCAAUGUAAUGGUGUUUUGUCAAAUAUUUUUGUGGCUUUCAGAAACUUUAGUCUUUUUGAGUGAGUACAUUGCAUUACUCAAGUUCAGUUAAGAGCAGAUUUGUUGUGUCCUCAAUUGUUGUGCUUCCUUUCAACUACUGAUGUGCUUCCUUUCUGAACAACAGACAGUUUUUAUUAAAUUUCAGGGACAACAGGUUGGUACUUCUUGAUUUGUAUUAUUUUUUAUAAAUUACCAACAUAAAAGGACAACA